UCAGACCAGCCCGCCUUACCUCACACCCCACUGUCCGCGAGCCCGGUGUUCACGGGCAAAUCUGACCGCAGAUCAGCGCACUCGGGCUCCCUCCACACUACGAGUUACACCAACUGGGACUGAGACCAGAGGAAAUCGUGUUCGUCGGUAGCCAAGGUACGCACGCCAAGACUCAUCCACAGCAGACCGAGGCGAGGGAACGGACAAGAAGGGAGAGAAUUCAAGGGGAAAGCUGGUAGGAACCACAGAGGAGUUCACUGCAAAAGAAAAAACCCCCACACGUUUAGGGGCGAGAGGAGAGGGUGACUGGCUGGCCCCGCAGAAGGAGUAGUAUUACACGAAGCUAAUUUCCAACAUUUUCUAUUCUUGGCAGCGAGAGUGUGCUCUCCGAGCCACAUUUAUAAAGAGAGCUAGCGGAAUGUAAUGCUAGCAGGCUAGCCGAUGUUAGCUAGCUAAUUAGCUUGUCAGGCAUCCGAGAGUCGGACGUGUGAUCUUUAUUAAAAUAGGACACUGUCGUCGUUUUUCUUUUUUCAGGGGGAAAAAGGAAAGAGAGGGACAACUGUACUUAAUGUGCUUUGUGUUGGAUUCUGCCAUGGUUUUAAAGGGGUGUCUCGCAUAGCUAAGGCUAAGUUAGACAAUAAACAGUGCAAGCUUGUGUAUAUUGAUGAAAAUCCGUUCAAUAUUAUCUGUCUGGGAAAAGCCAAAUCCAUUGUGAAUAUCGAGCCGUGGACAAACCCAAAGGAGAAGGCAAAGGUAACAAAAGAAAAGAAAAAGCCAAAGAGACUUUUGACUGGUGACUGUCUCCCGUCCAAUGUUAAUGUCGACCGACGUUGCAUCUAUUAUGCUACCCGUUAGUCGGGGAAUAAUGGACCGGGAAAGGGACAUUGAUACAGCAGCCGGACCCCAUGCAAACGCGGCCGGGGGUCCAGCCGUGGUCCGAGGGAUGAAGAGAGGAGAUCCGGAGCCCGACGCUCAGACUGCCGCUGCCCUCACUGACUUGUCCGGGGCGGAGUGCAAAAGACCAAGGAUAGACGGGACCGGGAGUGUUGUCGGUGACAUUGGCCAGAACAAUGAGCCUUUAAAUCCCGGUUUCCAUGGAUACCAACCUCACAGUCAGGGCUCUCAGGAUUCGACAGGAGGACAGGAGGGUUUGGUGGCCCCACCCUUUACAGCAUUCCCACCUCCACCCCCUCCUCAAAACGGUCUACCGGGAACAGAGUUUGGCCCUGGGGCCAUGUUUGGUGCUGGAGGCCAAGGUGCAGCAGAGGUAGGGGCUGGUGCAAAUGGAGCCCCCACCUCCACCAACAACAACAGCAGCAAUGUAAAGACAGAGGAGACGUCUCAGGGUGAGGCGGGUGUACAGUGCGGCGCAGGAGGCACAGGAGCGGGAGGCUCAGCAGGAGACUCGACAGAGGCCAAAGGGACCCCCAAACGCCUCCAUGUUUCAAACAUCCCCUUCCGCUUCCGGGACCCAGACCUCAGGCAGAUGUUCGGGCAAUUUGGGAAGAUCCUGGAUGUUGAGAUUAUUUUCAAUGAGAGGGGUUCAAAGGGUUUUGGCUUUGUGACAUUUGAGAACAGCGCAGACGCAGAGAAAGCCAGGGAAAAGCUCCACGGCACACUGGUGGAAGGUCGUAAGAUUGAGGUGAAUAACGCCACCGCCAGAGUGAUGACUAACAAGAAGAUGGUCAGCCCUUAUCCUAAUGGAGAAGCUCUCAGCACACUACCCUAUGCAGGGUGGAAGUUGAGUCCUGUGGUGGGAGCUAUGUAUGGACCAGAGAUCUACGCAGUUCCAGGGUUUCCCUACCCUACAGCAGCAGCAGCAGCCACAACAGCGGCAGCGGCAUUUCGCGGUGCCCACCUCCGGGGCCGAGGCCGGCCCGUCUACAGUGCUGUGCGGGCCGCUGUGCCGCAGCCUGCCAUCCCUGCCUAUCCUGGACUAGUGUUUCAGGACUCAGUCCUUAGUCCCAGAUUGCCUCAGGGAGGCUACCCGGCUGCUGCUGCCGCCGCCGCCGCCUAUCGCUACGCCCAGCCUGCGGCUGUAACCGGGGCAACCGCUGCAGCUGCUGCCUACAGUGACAGGUGAGGUCAAGGCAGGACACACAAAU